AUGUAUUACAUAAUAAAGACGUGGUCGCUUUUAGGGGAAAUGUCUGAAAAACUGAGAAGAUGCAGAAAGGAGCUGACUGCAGCCAUUGACCGAGCCUUUGAAGGUGUCAGUCAUUCCCAGGAGUGCUCAGAUCAGCAGAGGCUGGAGCAGGAUACCGCGCCGCCGCUCUCCUUCCCCCUCCCUGUGCACCGGCUCCUCUGCAGGAGGCACCCGCUGGCAGCCUGCUCCUCCUCCCCUGCUCCUUUUGCUCCAGUCCCUUGUGCUUCUGAGACAGAGAGCCCUGCCUUUGCUCCAAACCAUGCCCCAAUGAAUGCAAAGCCACAUGCUUUAUGCGCGAAAAGAAAACCUCUGACCAGUAAGGAAAACGUAUUGAUGCAUUCCUCCAUUUGGGCACCCGAAAGACAGCUUUGGAGAGCUGCGGGAGAUGGGGAGAACUGGAGAAAAGACAGCCUAAGGAAAGAUAUGGAGAAAGAUUUGAAGGUUGACUCAAACAUGCCACUCAGCAAUUCUAGCCAAGAGGUCACAAAGGAUCUGCUUGAUAUGAUCGACUAUGCAAGCAUCCGAGCUAUUGAAGAACUGGCUGGGAAGCUAGAAUUUGAAAAUGCACUGAGCCGUGUGUGUGGCCGCUGCGGAGGCUCGCCCUUCAGGGAGGAGGUCUGGGCUCUGCUCUCCGAUGAGAGCCCUCAGAAGGCCUCAGAUGCAGAGCCUGGCAGCCUCAAGCAGGCUUUUGAUGAUCACAGUAUCGUCGAGACUGUGCUGGACUUGGAAGAGGACUACAAUUUGAUGGCCUCUUUUAAAUACCAAAUUGAGUAA